AUGAUUUCAAGUACGAGAAAAACAUAUGUCGACAUAGAAAAAUAUAUAAAGUCCAAAUAUAUCUAUAUGUAGUACUAUAUUAUAGAAAAAGAAAUUAAAUACCUUAUUAUUAUUAUUAAUGUAACUUUUUCCCUUUUUUUUGUUUUAAUAACUUAUCUUCUUCUUCUUCUACUGCUUCUACUACCUAACUAACUAAAAUUCGCGCUUCCGAUUCAACUCAGUGAGCAGAGAGAAUCCAUGGCUCAGUUAACUCGCCGCUCCCUGCGCCUCCUCCGGCCAACAUCCGCCGCGCGCCUCCUCACCACCACCGCCUCCACGGCGCCGAUCUCGAUCGAGACCUCGCUCCCCUUCACCGGCCACAACAUCGACCCGCCCUCCCGCACCGUGGAGACCUCCCCGCACGAGCUCCUCACCUUCUACCGCGACAUGGCUCUGAUGCGGCGGAUGGAGAUCGCCGCCGACUCUCUCUACAAGGCGAAGCUGAUCCGCGGCUUCUGCCACCUCUACGACGGUCAGGAGGCCGUCGCGAUCGGCAUGGAGGCGGCGAUCACGAGGAAGGACUGCAUAAUCACGGCGUACCGCGACCACUGCCUCUACCUGGGGCGCGGGGGCACGCUCCUGGAGGCCUUCGCGGAGCUGAUGGGGAGGAGCGGAGGCUGCUCCAAGGGGAAAGGCGGAUCGAUGCAUUUCUAUAAGAAGGAGAACGGCUUCUACGGCGGCCACGGAAUUGUCGGCGCUCAGAUCCCGUUGGGGUGUGGAUUGGCCUUCGCGCAGAAGUAUAGCAAGGAUGAGAACGUCACGUUCACGAUGUACGGAGACGGCGCGGCUAAUCAGGGGCAGCUGUUCGAAGCCCUAAAUAUGGCUGCUCUCUGGAAUCUGCCGGCGAUUUUGGUUUGCGAGAAUAAUCAUUAUGGAAUGGGCACAGCAGAAUGGAGGGCAGCGAAGAGCCCAUCUUAUUUCAAGAGAGGAGAUUAUGUUCCAGGAUUGAAGGUUGACGGGAUGGAUGCUCUUGCAGUUAAACAAGCUUGCAAAUUUGCAAAGGAGCACGCCCUAAAGAAUGGACCUAUUAUUCUUGAGAUGGACACCUAUAGGUACCAUGGUCACUCCAUGUCUGAUCCUGGAAGCACGUAUCGUACACGUGAUGAGAUCUCCGGUAUCAGACAGGAGCGUGAUCCUGUUGAAAGAAUCAGAAAGCUAUUAUUAGCUCAUGAUCUAGCAACUGAGAAGGAAAUGAAGGACACUGAGAAAGAAGUUAGGAAGGAGGUGGAUGAAGCCAUUGCUAAAGCUAAGGAGAUCCCCGCACCCGACACCUCCGAGCUGUUUACUAAUGUAUACGUGAAAGACUUUGGACUCGAGGCAUUUGGACCAGAUAGAAAAGAAUUGAGAACUGUGCUUCCAUGAGGCCAAGCAUCAAUCAAGUAUGUGUGUUUCCACACCAAAUAAACCAAAGCAGAAUGUUAAUUUUUCUGCAAUUUUGUGUGGAUAAAUAUAGCUAUACAUAUCUGUUUUUGUGUUGCUACUAUUUAUCCAUGUAUGUAUUUUUCCACUUUGAAGUUCAAAACUUAAUAUUGGAGCAUAGUAUUAUCCAAUUGUACUCCAAAGUUCUAAAAUAGAAUAACUCUGUUUUGUA